AUGUACGUGAGUUACCUGUUGGAGAAAGACGGCGCCUCCAUGUACCCGGGCUCGGUGCGCCACGCCGGGGGGCUCAACUUGGCGGCGGCGCAGAACUUCGUGGGCGCCCCGCAGUACUCGGACUACGGCGCCUACCAUGUGCCCGCCGGGAUCGGGCUGGACAACGCGCAGUCCCCGGGAUCGCCCUGGCCCGGCGCCUACGGGGCGCCUUUGCGCGAUGACUGGAACGGCUACGGGCAGGGGGGCGUCCCUGGGGCGGCCGCCAACGCCGUGCACGGAUCCUCCGGCGCGGCAGGGUUGGCCUACAGCCCCGUCGGGGACUACCACCCACACCCGCACCACCACCACCCUGCGCAGGGGCCGCCGGCGCCCCCCUGCGGAGUCCCCGCUUCCGGGGGGCUGAUGCAGCCGCUCAACUCGCCGCCCGGCGCCGAGCACCUUUCUCCGGGCGGCCAGAGGCGGAACCCCUGCGACUGGAUCAGGAAACCCACGGCAGGGGGACCCGGUAAGGAAGGAGAAGGGGCAGGGAGGGGCGGCUCGUUGGGUGUCCGGAGGAAGGGGCUGUGGGGCGCAGGCCUGGAGGAAGCCGGGUCACCUCAUCACCUACAGGCGCAGCGGGCGGAAGUUGUUCAGUGGGGCUCAGGCGACGCAGCGGCACUCUGCACCAGCGCCGGGGAACGGUUGCCGUGGGAGGGGAAAGAUGGAAGAGUUAAGAAAGCAAGGACUCUGGAAAGGAUCGCAGCUGGUCUUGCUCGUUUCAAGGGUUAAGGUGACGCGCACACCUCGAGCAAAUUGAGCCCGGUGCGGGGGUAUUUGGUCGGGGACCGACGGCCUGGUGUGAGGAUCUCUCUCGGACUGAAGCGAGACAGCCAUCCUACGGAGCCUCCUUUUGGAAAUAUACAUAUAUUCGGACUGGAUCCAGGGUUGGCGUGCCUUGCAGGGAUGGUGGAGCCGAUCGCCAGCGCUGUGAGGCCGGAGGGUUGGGCCGUCCUGCGCGCGCCUGCUUCCUUUUAGUAUCCAGUUCCCUCGUAAAGCCGAACCAUUAAAACGAAUGUCAUAAUCAAUAGGCUUCCUGUGCUAGCCUAAGGCCGUGACAGUUUAAAAACGAAUAUUAUUUCCUGCUAAGUUUGAAAGCCACGCGCUACUCCAGAUUCCAUAUAAACUUUCUCGGAAAUAAGUCCGCUGGCGUCAGUGGCGCUUUACGUGCUGGGAAUACCUCGCCCUGUCAAUUUACUAGACCUCUGCCUCCCCUUAAAAGGCACUUGCACGGAGGUAAAAGCUGUACGCCUUGCUUACACUGAGUAAAUCCCAGUGAAAGCAGCGGGACUUCACUCCUGAGUUGACAAGGCCAGGAUUGAGCCAGAUUCGUGCAUUAAAUAUUGAGGGAGGUAGUUCAUUAAUGGUGGGCAAAGGAACAAAGAGCGAGCCAGCACAUUCUCUGGUUCGGAUCUGAGUGUAAAAGGCGGCGGCAAAUAAACGUAACAGGCUGCAAAUCCACAAACUGCAAUCCACAAAACUGAACUGCUUCUCUGAGACAUCGUGACUCUCUGCAGUUCUUAAAACCAACGGGUGUUUUGCCCUUCAGGGUAGCAUGAAUCUCAGAUCCACCCCGUCUGAAUUGAUAUGCCCUACAUUUGUGCCAGGAUCCCAGCUCAGGAUUUACACGGAAGUAAAUCCUGUGGGAAGCAGGGGCACUUCCUUCCAAAUGAAAUUGCGCGUUCAUGAUCUCCUCUGCAACUGCGCUUCUCCAAUGCCGUUUAAACUAUUUAGCUUGGAUGAACCGGGCUGUCACCAGAAAGGUUCUCAGACUCUCUCCAGCCUGGUCCACUUCCUCCGGGACUCAUUCCUGCUGGGCUGGUGAGUUUCCAGACUGUACAAAACUACAGAUCUGAUUGGAGACAGGCAUCUUUAUCGCCCGAGCCAGUUAAACUGAAGCAUGUGGGCACUAAAACUGCCAUUCUAAACACACGAGACACACGCACACAUUUCCUGGGAAAUCCGUCCCGUUGCAAAUUAAUGGGACUUUCCCUUUCAUGGAGCUUCUCAACCUGGCGAGGUCAAGCCCCAUAUAUAAAUCCAAGCACUACCGCCGAGCUGAAAUUUGUGGCUGGCAGGAACUGUCCCCCUAAGGCCUUUCCAAUCUGCAGGGGGGUUUCCCACCGACGUUUUCUUUCGGGAAAAGGGCCGUAGCUCCGUGGGAGAUCACCUGCUUUGCAUGCAGAAUGUCCCGGGUUCGAUCCCCGGCAUGUCCCGUGUCUGAAACCCUGAAGAGCCUCUGCCAGUCAGUGUAGACAGCACUGAGCUAGAUGCGACCAAUGGUCUGACUCUGAAUAAGGCAGAUCCUAUGCUCCUUUGUCGCUAAUAUAAAUAAUUUGGCUUCUGUAAGGGUUUUUCGAGCGCUCCACGCGCUCCGCCUAUUGUACUAAUGACAUUCCUUACCGUAACUUUGAUCGUAGGGUAGGCGAGGCCAGGAUUACUUGAUGCGGGAAGAUCUGUGAUUUUAGCUGUCGGUGGUCCCCGGACCGGUGUCUCCAUCCAGCUUCGCAGAAUAGGUAGCUAUCUCCCCUCUCUCGUCGCUGGGUUUUUGUAAGGAAGGGAUACUAUGGCGAGGCGCAGAGCCCCGGAGACUUGAAUGUGUUCCAGUUCUGUAGGCGGGCAUGGAUGAACGCGGAAGGCAUGACCCAGGCAGAAAUUAAAAGCUCGGGAACCCCUGAAAAGCUGCAAUCCUAAUAAACACACUUAAUAGCGCAAAUCACAGGCAUGUUCACUCGGAAGUAAGUCCCCGCUGUGGGCAACGUCUAUGAAGGAUAGCAGCCUGGAUAGGAAGCAAGUCCCAUUGAAUUCAGUGGGAGUUAAAUCAGAGUGAAUAUGCUUCGGAUUAUAAUGGUGGCGUGGGGAUUUCCGUGGGGGAUUGUUGCUGGAGAAUCUAGCUCAUGUGUGUGUGUAACAACAAUAGCCGGCCACUGAUGGCUGAGGCCGAUGUGUGGACCUCUGUUCUUUACGCGUCAAGUUGCUGGCGUUAAUUAGACAACCGAGAACACCCUUCCGGGAGCAAGGAUCAAAGCCCAGGAGCAGGAGAGGCCUCGGCUGACGUUGCUUCUCUAGUGAUAUUUGAAGCCGGAUGACCUGCUGACUGUGUGUGGUUCAGGGAUCUGAGCGACGCAUCGGCUGCUGCCCUGCGCAGGGGACGCGCGACCGUAGAAAGCAGGGAGUUUUCUGGGACUUCCCGCUUGGCGGCUCCGCAGAGAGUGGGGGAGCCUUGCUUUGGAAACUUUGGUGUAUUUGCGAAUUGGGGGGGGGGUAGUGAUGUUGGUGGUAUUGAAGAGCAAAUAUGCAACUCAUUUUUUUAAAAAACAACCCUUGUUCCUUAUUGUCAAUAUUUAAAAGAAAACCACUAAAUUCGCAUAUACAUUGUUACCGACAAGGGAAAGCGGUAACCCGCAGUGAAAGCACUCAAGAGGAGCGGUUGAAAAUCAUGUAAUGUAACUUACUUGCAGUUGAAUUUAAGUUUAGAAUUGAAGCGUAAGGCGCAUUAUUUAAGGCCGUCUUGACGCACACGUUUUGGAAUUCAGCCGGACUGGAAUCGGUUUUAAAACCGUAAUCCAUCUACUAAUCCGAAACAGAAGGCAGUUUCAUGAAAAUCCCCGGGGUUUACUCUUGAGUAAUGCCUGUAGGAUCCGGUUUCUAUCCUAGGGCUGAGCUAGUAAAUUAUACAAUUUCCAUGAGCAGUGUUUUGAAGUCCAUGAUACAGUCAUCCAUUCAUGAUCCCGUGGAUAAAAUAUUGAGAGUUUAGAAAGGGGUAGAAUUAUUCACACGUAAAAAUAAAAUGUAUGUAGGGUCGGAUUGUCAGAACGAUACUGAACCUCUUAUUUUAACCUAAUGCUUUCUUGUUUUGCCUUGACCCUGAAAGAUUUGCUUUAAUGGAAACUGGUUGUAUAAUCCCAGAGGCCCUGGAAGUCUCCACGUUCUUGCAGUGCAAAUGUAGGUCCUUUUGCUUCUAAUGUUCUUCGGAUGAGCUCACUAAUUCUAGCGAAGGUUCAGUCUCAGGACAAAACAUACUGGGAAGUGCAGACACGCGCAAGAAACCAGCCUCAACGACUGGAAAGUUCUCUUGAGCAAGACGCGUUAAAAUGAAUCCGAGUUUGGCAAGGCUUUGCGCUGCUGCUCCCACUGAGUUUUCAACUACGCUUGCGCAGGAGAACUUCCGGUGGUUGCUUUUUUAAAAAAAUAAAAAUAAAAAAAUCAGGGUAUUUGCAGCUUCAAAGACGCAGGCUCACACUGAAUGACCCGGAUCCACAUUGGACUAAGAAUUCAGAAGCAGUCUAUAAUUGUCACUGAGAUGCAAGGGCUAUUGCCUGUGUUGUACUCACUUCAGAUUUUGGAUGGGGGAAUAAUCGCCCAUAUGAAAAACAGAUUCCUUGAGUAGCAUGCUGGGAAGUUUUUGCCCAGCCUUCUUCCUGAACUGCUAGUUUUCUCCCGGCAGAGAUUUGUUUUCUACAGAUGAACAUGCCACGAUGGGGGACCCGCCCCCCUAGUCUGAAGCGGUACAGCCCAGACCCAAGUUUCGUGAGAACUGUUUUAGGACACAGCGUGGAGAUGGAGAACUUUUGACUAUUGCACUACAAGUCUAAUAAUCUCUGACCAUUGGGCAUGCUGGCUGGGGCUGAUGGGAGCUGGAGUCCAACAGCAUCGGGAGGGCCCCGUGGUAUAAAAUGUACAUGAGCUUGUAGUGAAGAGAUCGAUUCCCCUGCUCCCUGCCAGAGGAAAGUGCGAUCCAGUUUGUGCGAGGCUGCUUGGCUUCCUAACCUCUUAACUGAAGGGCAAAGGCAUCGUUCUUGUACGCAAGAGGCUGAUCUGAAGAUCCCGUGGGAUCAGCUUGAUCUAGCACUUUUUCUGGAUUGAGAAGAAUAAGAGGCAACGGGUGUCCCCUGCGCUCCUCCGCGGCGACGCGCGCGUUGGCCUUGCUGCAGGUCCCUUUCCCGUCGUCCAGCUGAUACCGAGCUUCAUCCUUAAAUCACUGGCCGGUGCGCGCGGUUGGUUGUGCAUUGAUUUCUGACUCACUGGGCAGUGCAUACCUUUAUAUGCCCAUCGCCGCUGGGCUGCUAAUAAUCCGUGCAGAGAGGAGUUGAUCCGCGGCUGGGCAGCUCUUCCGUGCAGCCCUGUAGGGCAGCGACCAGGGCUUGGCCAUCCACCCAGGGAUAUGCAAUCCCUCUCCUUCCUUUCCUCAAGAAUGAUCUCCUCCUCCUUUCCAAAGCCUGUUCUGCAUCGCUGGGGGGGGUGUCUUGGUGGCCUUCCCAUUGCCUCUGACUGUACAUACUCCAGAGUAAGCACAUUUGAACACAAUGGGAAGUAGCAUCUCCUUGGUAUGCAACCCCCCCUCCAGGUUCAGUGUCCCAAGGUUCAGAGAAAAAAUCCUCUCUGAAACCCUGGAAAGUUGUAUUGCUUGGUAUUUACUCCAGAGUAAACAUAUCUAGGAUCUGACUGUUUGCACCUCCUAAUUUAGAGAUGUGGAACCUGUGGCCCACUAGAUGUUGGCUAUGUUGGCUGGAGCUGAUGGGAGUUGUGGUCCAACAACAUCUGAAAGGUCCCCACCUUCUCCUCUGAGACCUAGGGAAGUGCUUGCCAGUACCAUUAAUUUUAAUUCCCAUAGGUUACCUCUAUUAGUUUGUUGCUAACAUCUGGUUGCAGCCUUACACACCUUACAUGUGAGCAAGUCCCACUGAAACCAAACAGGAUCCUAUGUGUGCUUGACUCUCCCAAUGAGAGCCAAGAAAUUGCUCCUCUUUGACUGGACCAUGCCUUGAAAUGCACGGAGACUGCAACCCUACAUCAAACUCAAUGGGGCUUUCUUCUGAGUAGAUAUGCACAGGAUCCUGCCAUAAACAGAUAUCUCACCCCCAAGUGUGUUUGAGUGCAACUAGUUAGACCAGAAUUCCAAUACAUUAGUGAGACCUGGUCAACAUACACCUCAGCUCUGCCAUGAACCCACUUUUUGCAAUGUGGGAAUGACUAAUAACGCUCACAUAUAAGUACUGGCUGACUUUAUAUGCCUGCAUUAUUAUCCCCAUGAGAGAGAGAGAGAGAAGUGAUGGGGGUGAAUGGGAAACAGAUUCGAGGUACUAGUGUUAAUUCACAAGGCCCUAAACAACUCAGACCUUAGGGACCAUCUGAUUCCUUAUGCUCCACCUCAGUCAUCUGAGAUGCUCAGAUGGGACACUUCUGGUGGCUCCCUGUACCUCUGAGGUUGGGUUGGCCUUCACUACAGAUUAAGCCAGGGCCUGUGGAACUCCCCACCAGUAGAGGUUUGCCAGAAACCAUUCCACCCUUCUUUCAGAGCUGCUCUGAAAACUACAUUGUUUUAGAAGGGCCUUUGCAGUAUGAAUGUUCUCUUAACCAGUUGGUAUUUAUUAAAGUUUCGUGGGUGCUUUUUGCUGGUUUCAUUACUAUAUGUUCCAUACCACCGUGAUAUUCUUUUAAUGAAAGUGUAGAUUGGAAAUAAUAAAUAGGAAUCGUGGCUGUAGCACGAGGUCCUGCAUCUACAGUAGCCUUUGCAAGAGCAGACUGGUAAUAUGGUGCCUUGAGUGAGGAUAAAAUUCGUCACACAUACCCUAAAUAUUUCUUAUUUUCACAAUAAUUCCUUUUGGUACAGCUGCUUUUUACAUGGAUCUUCUCCGUAGGUACCAUAGCUGUCAACUUUUCCCUUUUCUGGUGAGGAAUCUUAUUCGGAAUAAGAGAAUUUCCCUUAAAAAAAGGGAAAUGUUGACAGCUAUGGUAGAUACCUAUCUAAAUAUAGGUUAUUCUUAUUACGUAUUUUGUGCUCUCUUGGCUAAAGGAACCACCCUAAAUCUAGUGCUGGCCUUUGCCAUUCUGAGGCCCUACAAGCAGAUGCUGGGCUGGGGGUUGAGUGGAGUUAGAAUCAUAGAAAAGUAGAGCUGGAAGGGACCCCAAGGAUCAUCUAGUCCAACCCCCUGCAAUCUCAGCUAAAGCAUCCAUCUCAGCUAAAGUUAGAUAGGCCGAAACAGCUGGAGGGCACCAGCUUGGGGAAGGCUGAUCCUACAACACACCCUUCACCAUCCUUAUUAAGAAGAAAGUCCCACUGAGAUCAGCGCGACCUACUCUUGAGUGAGUGUCCUUAGGAUAGCAACCUUAGAAGCAACCUCCGAUGCUAAUGCCCUAGGAAAAGGUCACAGAGGGCCAGAGGGUCCUGCAGGCUCCCGCUUCGUCUUACUUGUGAUGCUAAUAUUGUUCCUCCCUUCUCUUUGGCAGACCCUCAUCUGUCAUGAGGAGGGGGCUUUAAACCUAUCUUGCUUUGAUAUACACCUUCCUUGCUAUUGUUCCCCCCUUUCCCCUUCCCUGCCCGCCCCUCACCGGAAAAGAAGAGAAAGGAGAGGGAGGUGGAACAGAAACUUUCGCAGUCAAUAUUGAAAUCUGCCAUUCCUCUCUCAUUCUCUCUCUCUUUCCUGGGCGGGGGGAAGGGGGGGAACGUUGGUGGCUGUGGCAGCUGAGAGUGGGAACAGGCCCUUGGGUGGAUUGCAAAAUUCUCCGCAGUAGAUCAACAGGGAAAAUCUUUCUCCCGCCCAUCCCAUAUCUUCACCCCAAGCAAACCGGUGGUUGAUUUUCUGCAGUCCUCUCUAGGAGGCGUUAUUAUUUAUGUGGCUCCCACGUGGUGAUCACAGAAUCUCUAUCAUUUCUUUAUUUCCUAAAACGUAUAUGCAUUUUGAUUGUAAAAACCAGAACACAAAACAACCCCACUACAAAGUGGUUUACAAAAAUAAAAAUGGUAAGUCGAGGAAACAGUUAAAACCAGCUAUUUAAAAUGUUCAAAAAAAAUACGAUGUUUUAGCGAUAAACUAAAAACCAGAUUAAAACACAUGUCAAAAUUCAACAAACCUGGAUGCCUAAACAAAAAUGUUUUGAGCAGGCGCUGAAAAAAGGUACAGUGAAGCCGCCUGUCUGAUGUCAAUAGGCAGGAAGUCCCCAAAGGCGAGAGUGCUGUCACACUAAUAACAUUAAUGUUAGUACAAUACUAAACACUUUAAAUGCACCUUUACAUAAUGCAAUGCAAAAUCGUCAGGCUGCAGUCUUUAUCAGGUUUACCUGGGAGUAAGCCCCACCAAAUGCAAUAGGACUUAAUUUGAGUAGACAUGGAUUGUACUGUUAGGGUGAAAUUGGUGGACUACAGUUACUUAAGUCUUUUGGUUUCAAUAGGUCUACUCUGCGUAUAACUAACAUUGGCAAUCACCCUUAAAAAUCCCAGAGAGAGAGAGAGAGAGAUCACUUAAAUACAUAGACAGCAGUCCAGUUAGAAAGAAGCUUCUAUUAUUUUUCUCCUGUCUAGAGAGUCUGACAAAAUAUUUGCAAAUGGUUAACUGACAUGUCUUCAUUCCGACACAAUCCAGGGAAACUUUCCAGUGGAUCAGGGCCAUUAUUUUCUCUACCCUAAGCUCUACCUAGUUCUUAAAGGCUGUUGUCCUUCCCUGCUCUUGCCCUGCUCCCAAGCAGACGAAGUUUCCCCCCAGUUGCGGGAAACGGCUGGUCUCUUAAAUGUUUGGGGUGUCACUCACCAGGUGUUAAAAAAGCAUAAGGACUUGGGGUUAAAAACAACAGCAACCCAAACAAAUAAACAAAAAGUGGCAAUUCUACCAGUUCAUUCUGUCUUAAAUCAUUUGUCUUCCAAAUCUCUCUCUCAGUUAGCGAGAUCCUGGGAUUCGCUGGGGAAAGUCACUGCAAGCAGUGACUUUUGUGUGAAUAUACUGUGUAUCAGACUUCAUAAAUCUGUUGCUGCACAGAUCUUCUGGACUCCCAGGUUGAUGGAAGUUGUAAUCCAGAAAAUCUGGAGGGCACCAAGUUGGUGAAGGCUGAUAUAUGAUAAUAUGAUAUGAUAUAUGAUGAUAUAUGAUAUGAGUGACUUCAUCCGUGGAAUAGUGUGGCUGGGUUUGCGCUCCAGUUUUGAACUGAGGUGCUGGGGUUCAGUCCCUUAAAAGCCUUAAUUGGUCCUUGAUUGAUUUUACUCAACGUAGUUACAUAGUUGCAUUAUUUUAACCUGGACAACAAUUCUGUAAAGUUGUGGUUUGGAUCUGGGUCUUCCAUCUUAUUAAAAAAACCCCAUCAAACUUGAGAUACCACAAUAGCUCAGGCUGCUGUUAUCAAUAAUGUGGAAAAUGUGCAUUGCAUGUGCUCAGACCCUUUAAAAAUGAUUAUUGCUUAUAAAUACAAAACAAAACCCCAAACUAUAUUUAUAGGGUGCCUUUCAGGGUUGCCUUGAAAUGCUUCUGCCAUUUUAGGAGAACAGAUUUCCUGACGCCAAGUCCAGCUCUGAAUGGGCUUGUGGUUUUAAAAAGUUUUAAAGAAGAAUGUCAUUUUAUCAAGAGUGGAUUGUAUUUGGUUUGAAAAAUAGUCUGGAGGCAGAAUUAAAGGGAAUCAGACCUUGAAGUGCAGCAGGUGAGAGGCCACAUACAUUUUAUAAUUGGCUGUGUACAGGGGCGUAGCGUGGGUUGUCAGGACCCAGGGCAAGGCAAGUAAUUUGCACCCCCUAACCCGUGGAUUUGCGCCCCCUAACCCUAACUCCCAGAUGUUGCGCCCGGUGCGGCCGGCCCCCCUGCACCCCCCACGCUACGCCACUGGCUGUGUAAUUGAUUGGUAUUUGGAAUGCUAUUUGGUAUUGAUAUAAUAUGGCAUAUAUUGGACUUUUGUAAUUGAAAAUUAAUUUUAAAAAUUUGACAAAAGAAGAAGAUCAUUUUUUUGGCUUGGGAAAAGUGGUUGCCAUAUGUUUCUCUCCCUUUCCAACUUUGUUCAGAUUCGGGGAAAGUGUAGGUGGCCCAACCUGCACGGCUGCUGUGAAAACAGGCUGAUGGAUCCAUUGGCCUGAUCCACCCGGCUCGGCAUCUCCCUGCAUUGGAGAAGAGUCAUAUUAUAAACUCCCAGAGGCAGAGCUUGGACCUGCAGAACGCUCUAGCUUCUCUCCCCAGCAUCUGGGAAAGAGCCUGAAACUGCUGCCAGCCAGUGUCCUCAGCACUGAGCUAGAUGCAACAAUGGUUUUUUUGGCCCAGUGGAAGACAGCCUCCUUUGUUCUGUUCUGCACGCCCCUUCCCUCCUCAUCUGCUGUGUUUUUUGUUUUAUUUUCAAAGGGAGGGGGCAAUUUGGCUGAAACUGGGAAGACUAGGUCUUCUGCGUUUUAUUAGGAGCCCCCUCCCUGCUUCCCACCCCCAGAUGCAUUUGAAUUCAAGGGGCCCAACCUCUUCCGAACCCCUUUCUUCCUUUCCCGCAGUGGGGAGGGGAAGGGACCUGCCUGUCUCCAUUCAAAUGCGCCGCGCAGAGCGCGAGGGGAGAAUGAAAGCGCCUGCCGCCCAUUUGUUCCAGGCAACCCGCCUGUGCCUGCGAUUCGGGGGCGUUCCGGAGGCUCCUCGCUUUGAUAAGAUCGCCUUGUAGCGCAUUGUCGGCGCUCGUGUUCUCCAUUGAGCGGCUCCAGGGAGCUCCCUCUGAUCACCCUUGUCUUCAUGGCGGGGAAGCUUUUGUCUGGGGGCUGCAGGGGCCGCGCCUUUCUGCCCCUUUUGUUUUUGUUUAGCCUCACCAAAGCCAGCCUGCCGGCCAUUAAACACCUACAGGCAGGCAGAAGAAGCUCAGAUCUCUCUAUUUAUUUGUGGUGCGGGUGGGGGUCUGUUUAAGAAGAGAACCAGUUAAACGAGAAGCGGGAGAAAAGACCAAAGGCCAGGCGCAAGCAGACGCGCUGGAGGGCUGCCUGGGAAUCGCAGUGAAUUUGGGAAGCGCAGUGAAUUUGAAAUUGUCAUGGCGCAAUUUAUUCUCCUGGUUUGGCCAGCUGUCCUGGGAAUAAAUUCCCCAGGGAAUGGGGCAGUCAGGGUUUUUUUAGGAUGAGAAAAAAUGUAGAAAAGUACUGGAAUUGGCAAGUUCUUGCAUUUACGUUUUAUAACGAGAUAAAUAAACCUUCAAACGAGGGGAAAUGGAAAUUUAGGUAGAAGUCACUCCUUCUUACUCUGGCCCAAAUGUGUUUGUGUAUAGCUCUGCUUGAAAAAGCCCUGGCUUAAAUGACUGUAGAGCUCCUACAUUCGUCAUAAAAUUGACUUUGUGGAUUGCCCCAUUCCUAUUGCCAUCUCAGCACAUGACUUGCAAUAAGAAAUACUGUACUGGUGUAAAUUAAGCUUCCUUCCCAAGCAGGCUUUUGAAUGCCUUCUGAGUAAAACCCACCUUAUCGAAUCAUGGAAUAUUGUUUCUUGUGGUUUAUCUCAUUUACAACUGGCAGUGUUUAAAUCAAAGCUUUCCAAUCCCUUGAAACUGCAGGAGAAAAGAGCUGAUCUCCCAGCCAGAUAGUGCCUGCCUGGAUAUUUAAAUCAAUUCAAUCCUUUUGCUGUGAAUGGCACUGAUGCCUCCAUGUUUUUUGGAAAGAAGUCAGUUGUUUUACAUGAACUUUUAUUGAUAAGCAAGAGUGCUUGUUGUGGAGCCACAUAAAUCACUUCAUAAUUACUAAUAAACUCAGAUCUCACCUUUCAAUUAUUUUUUUAAAAGGCACAGUUUAAACAACAUGAAAUUAAAAUAGCAUAAUACAAAUAACUACAGCUAUAAAAUAAUAAUAAAAAUAGAACAGGAAAGAGUGUCAUUUAUAAUCAAUGCAAACUUAGGGCUUUUUUUAAAAACACACACACACACACACACACACACACACACACAGAACCAAAUAUAGGUGCCUUGGAAGGAAAUUGUUGUGACUUAAUUCCAAAUUUUAAAAAGGCUCUCGUUGGAGAGAGAUUUCAAAGGUGGAGUACCACCACCAAGAAGAUUGUAUUUCCUGGUUCCAUCCACUUCAUCUCUGAUGAAGGCACCUGCAGAACACCCUUCCGUGAUCAUGACCUUCGCAUAUUGGCAGGUUGGUGUGGUGGCAGGAGGUCCUUCAAGGUCCUGGUGCCAAGUCACGAGUAGCUUGAAGCAUCAAUGCCAGCAUUGUGAAUUCUGCCCUGCAAAUGAACUAGGGUCCAGUGCAGCUGUUCAAGAACUGGUGUGGUAUAUUCCUAAUCGUCACUUAACAAUCUUAUACCACCCUUCAUGUUACUAAGAAACUGAUGGGUAGUGUACAAUCAAUGAAAUAUAAAAUACAACAUACAUAAGAUUCAAAUGUCUGGGUAAGCAUUUAUGUCUUAGGCUGCAAUCCUAGCCCCGCUUACCCGGGAGUAAGCCUCACUGAAUUCAAUGGGGCUUAACCUCUGUGUAGAUAUGAUUUGGAUUGCUCUGUUAGCCUAACACCAAAAAGGUUACAAAGUGGGUGCCUGGCAAGCCUUCAUGGGGAAAGCAUUCCAUAAAGAUUCCAGGUAGUUAUCGUGCAUCUCCAUUGUUUCUGGACAACCUUCAAAGGCAGCCUCACCUACAUUGAACUGCCACAGUCUAAUCUAAAGGUUACCAGGGCACAGAUAACCAUGGCAAGGCAGCCUCUGCCAAAAAAGAGUCAUAUUUAAUGGGGAUUUGUAUUUGACUGCUCAUAGAUAACAAAGUACGUGUAUCUGAAGUUUUAAUUUGUGGAUUCCGUUUCAGAGGUCUUGCCUUCAAGGACCAGCCAGCUACUUUCUUUUCCAGGAAGCAGCUGCCUUGCAGUUUAAAUACAAACAAACAAACAAACAAACAAACAAACAGCCUUUGCUUACCCAAAGGCUAGCCGAGAGCAGGGCAACACCGUUUCCAGAAGGGUGGUCAUGCUAGUCAUUUCCAGGAAAAACAACAACAGUCUUGUGGCUCCUUAAAAUGUGAAUAGAUUUAUUGUACUGUAGUGUGUUUGUGGAAAUGACCAUUUUGUGAACGUACUUAUCUUUAUAGGCACUUGAUCUUUGCACUGAAAUGUUGCAGACUAUUAUGCCUCUUGCAUGUCAUGACCUUUGGCCCCAUUGUUUACAUCUUUCGCCUCUGUACCUAUGUAUACACCUGCAAACUAAGGACAACACAUCAUAUAUCAGCUGUGUGAGAAAUCCAAAUGCUUCCUCCUUGGAGUGUCUGCAGAUUUUAUGUGUGUAAAAUUUCCAUUACUAGAGGUGUACACUCCUCCUCCACUACCCCAUAUCCAAUUCAACUGUGACUCCCCCCACAAUACCACAAAACUUUAUCCUCCUAUCUUAGUAGAUAGCCCAUGUCUAAAGAAGGAAUAGUUUAUGGGGAAAUGUGAUAGGUGAGAUAUGCAGUUUAAUGAAAAAAUAAACAGUAUAGCACAUUACUUCUUGAUCAAGUAAUGAAUUAUAUAUAUUUUAUAAAUUGCACGCAAUUUGUUGGUGGUGGUUUGUGUAAAAAGGCAAUGAAGUAGCUCAGUUGGUGAGAGUGUGGUGCUGAUAACACCAAGAUCGCAGGUUCAAUCCCCAUACGGGGCAGCUGCCUAUUCCUGCAUUGCAGAUGAUCCUCAAGGUCGCUUCCAACUCUACAAUUCUAUGAAAUAUAAUUCACUGGAAAUAGGGCAAAACAUGUAUUUAACUCUCCCACCCACGUCUCUGAAAUAAAUGGGAAUUAAAAUGGCCAAACUUUAGUUUGGUUGUGACUUAAGACAGCACUGCUUAACAGAGAGUUGAGCAUCAGACCUGGGAAAGGGGAGGCCGGAGUUUAUACAUAUUUGUAUAAGUGAUGAAAUGGUUGGGACUUGAUUCCCAGGUUCUAAAAAUGUUUAUUAUUGUGAUAUAAGUUAAGCACAAUUUGAAUGACUGAUACUUUGAUCUCCAAUAUUAAGUGAUCUGUUUUGGGACAAAGGUAAACUGUUAACAAGCCUUUACCAAAAAAACACACGGUACCUAGGCUUGUUUUGAUACUUCGUAAAUGAUCUAGUGAGACUGCACACAUGAAAUGAACGAUGUUUGCCUGCAGCUUCAGUUCAUUUCAAGGGGGUUUAUGAGUGCAGGAGAAUCUCCCACUGGAUUGAACCACAGAGACAAGACCUAGCCAAACUCAAGCAUGUUGAAAGUAAAAUGAAAAAUGAAGUAUGUGCAUUAAAUACCUCCCACUAAAGUUUAAAGUGCCUGUUUAUCUGGGUUGUGCAUAUCAGAGAGCUAUUCUCCCAAACACAUUUACUUGGAGAAGUGGCACUCCACUAGGUUUUACUCAAAAGUAGUAGAAUGAACAUGACUAAGUUUGUUCUAUUAAUUUUAAUGGGUCUACCCUGAGUAACACUUAGUGCAAUACCACCCAUUAAUUCUAUUGAAGUUUUGGGACUCCAUUCCAAGUAAGUAGAAGUUUGUAGAAGUCAUAACAGGCCAAAUUACAGAGUGCCAAAUAAUAAUACAGAUGCACAAAUCAAGGUGCACCCCCCCCCAAUGCAUUGCUUUACGGUUGUGUUUUUGUGUGUGUUUGGCUUGGGGGCCAUAAACCCAGCAGCUGCCUCCUUUUUACAAGCGUGCAUUGUUUGAAAAUCACUUCCUCUUGAAGCCAGACGUUUGAGGGCUUAUAAUUUAAACUAGCAGGAAGAAGAGGGAUCCCUUCUAACCUGCUGUGUUUGGGGGAUGGGGUGGAAAUAAGCAACAGCUAAGUUUUGGAAAACGUAAAGGGCCCAGGGUUAGUGGAAGCCCUCCUGCAUAAACAUGCCAAGCAGGGAUGUUUUGAAAUGUUUUGUUUUGUUUUGCUUUGGUCAACUGUCUACAGAAGCCUCAGUUGCUAGAGACUAAUGGGGAUUUUUCACAGGGGCUAGCUUCUUGCUAAAGCCAAACAUUCUCCAAAUAUACCGUCCAAAGAAUGCGCCAAAGAAAUGGUGCUGUAAUCGCACUUCCUUUAACGGACAUGCAUCUCUCUCCUCAGUGAAAACCAGGACGAAAGACAAGUACCGCGUGGUCUACACAGAUCACCAGCGGCUGGAGCUGGAGAAGGAGUUUCACUACAGCCGCUACAUCACGAUUCGGAGGAAAGCUGAACUGGCAGCCAAUCUGGGAUUGUCAGAGAGACAGGUGCGACUUUGGCUAUUUCUUUGCUCUGUAAGAUGUCCAAGGCCCCUGCAGCCUCCCAGAAAAUCCUCUUUGGCAUGGUGCUUUAGCUUCAGUCCAUAAAAAAACCUAUCAGUACAAUCCAUUAAGCAGUCAGGCCAAGGUCCUCCCAAGAAUCAUAGAACUGUAAAGUUGGAAGGGAUCCCAGGGGUCAUCUAGUCCAACCCUCUGCAAUGCAGGAAUCCAUCCCUGGGUGGGCUUGAACCACCAACCUUCUGUUUAACAGCCAGAUGCACUGACUCAUUGUGCCACCUGCUCUCUUAAAAGCCUCAUUUUUUUUUUAAAGUGUGUCAGCUAAUGUCCUUCCAGGAACAAAGCAUGGGACUUCCUGCACAUGGUGUCUUUGGAAAACUGCCGUCUGUUGAAUCAGACACUGGUCCACCUAAGUCAUUAAGGGUGAUACGGACUGGCAACAGCUCUCCAGGAUUUUGAACAGGGGUGUUUUCCAGUCAGGGAUUGAACCUGUGACCUCCUGCAUGCAAAGGAUGUGCUCUCCCAUUAAGCUCUGGCCUUUCUGUCUAGAGAGGCAUUAUUCUAUAGGUAUAUUUGCCAGCAAGCCAGGAGCUGGCUAUGGCUGCUUAUUGUGUAUACGCUAAGUGGCAAAGCUGGAUUCUGUAAUGAACGAGAGAAAUUGCUUGGCUCCAGGGAAUUGUAAACCACAGCUUUCACUUUCAUAUGGGAGAUAUAAAUCUAACUUUAAAAUGUAUCUUAAAAAAAUAUUUUGUGCUAUACUUCUUUUUUGCUAAAAUACUACUACUACUACUACUACUACUACUACUAUCUUUAUCCAAAGAUCUCAGGGCAGUUUACAAGAUAAAAAUACAAGAUAAAAGCACAACUAAAUAGUUAGAACAAAAACAAAACAAAACAAAAAACCCUGCUCCCACAAACACAUUCAAAAGCCCAUAGAAUAUUAAUCAGCUAAAGGCCUGAUUGAAGAGGAACAAAACUUCCAACAAACUGCAGCUGUUUAUACCCCUUCCUCCUGUAAUGCUAACCCUAAAACUAUUCAGUGCAGGAGCAGGGAACUUUUAGUCCUCCAGAAUUUUUUGUAAUACAACUCCCAUCAAGGCUAGCUCAGGGUUUUUUCUUGCUCCAGAAAAGAUGAAGCCAUACAAUACCCCAGGCCAGCUAAGUUAUUUUAGCAUCUGAAGCAAAGAAAUCCCUUAAGUGCCUCUUGGAGAGCAAAAUCAUAGUAAAUAAACUUAAGAAUUUGCUUCCUUUUCCUGACACUUAAAAUCUGCUGCCUGAGGCAGCUACCUCACUCUGUCUAAUGGCAGGGGUGGUCCUAGUUCUCAUCAUCCCUUACCACUAACCAUGUUGACUGGGGCUGAUGGGGCUGCAGUCCCUCAGCAGCUGGAGGACCACAGGUUCCCCACCUCUGAUUUAAAGCAUGCAUUUGAUUUCAAAAUGGCUUUCUCAUCUGCAUGAACUUAGAAAUGCAUGCAUUUAGAAAUGCGGGUUAAAAGGCAUGUUUAUGUGUCCCCUUUGAAAACAUCCUUUCAAGUCCUUGUGCUGAAAGUGUUAGGUAGGUAUGAGGCUGAGUUCUAUGGCAGUGGAAGUGAGGGACAUUCAUUUACAUGGCUAUAUCAUCUCACUUCCAAGGAGCUCACAGCAUUUGUACUAAGCUCUCCCACCUCCCAUUUUUAUCCUCAUAAUGACCCAAUGAGGUUGUAACUGGUGGAGACUAGUGGGUUUUAUGGCUGAAUGGGGGUUUGAACAACUCACUACACUUCCAGUGCUGUAGUUUGUACAAAGAUUCAAUCCAGAGUCAACCAGCUCAAGUCAAAGGAAAUCAACACUUCUGCUCCUUUGUAAUCAUAGGAUUUCCCUGAAUGUAUCUAUUUCCAAGAGAAUGCCACAAUCUAGGGCAAGCGUCCUGGUGCCACAUUUUGGUCGGCAGACCACCCUGCAGAGACCACAUCACAAUGUUUCGUGAACAGUGUCAACUCCCCAUGAAUUUGAUGGCAAGCCGUUCAAUCCACUCCAAUUAGAUGUCAUCUACACCCCCACCCCUUUUUAAAGCAUCACUACCCUUUUAGUUCUGGCAGGUUAUUUGUUGUUUAAACAUUCAGCAUGAUAACAAAAAAAAGUUGUUAUGUACGCAUGGACUUGCUUUGCUGUGCAACGUAGCACUGUCACCCCAAAAGUCAACCACCAAAACAGGUACGGUAUGUGGCUGAGCACUCAUUCCAUGCGAGCACUCAUUGUGUGGCUUCACAAUUUUAUGCGGAGUGUGUUGGGAGUGUUGUGGGCUGCACUGAAGACUUUUGUAUGAAAAGGUUCCAAGGUCUAAUAUCUGAUAGACCUGAUCAGGCCAAGGUGAUUAAACACACACACACACACAGAGAGAGAGAGAGAGAGAGAGAGAGAAUUGGAUGCCUUUAAUCAAAACUGCAAGCAAGGUUCCUGACUGGCCCAUAACCUAUUUAUAAUGCCAGAUGUUGGCCAUGGAAUUUAAGAAGUCAUUCAAGAUAAAAGUGCCUUUCAGCAUAUGAUAUGCAGUGUUACUCUCACUCACUAUACAAAACCCAGAGGUAUCAUCACUUUCUCCUUAGAUGAUAUGAUUUCUGGGCAAAACAUAAAAAUGAGGUAGGGGUGUGUGUGUGUAGAGAUUAUAGUUUGUAAUUUUAAGCAGUAUUAACCAUUUUUCUUUUGCUUUUGAGUAUUCUAUUUUCACUGGUUGGGCUUUCUCCGGAGUGUAUUGAUACUUUAUUGCAAUGAGGCUUUAUAAAUAUAGUAGGUAAAUGCACAAUGAGGGCAAGUCCCUUUGUCGUCGUUCCCCACCCCCCCUUUCUGGAGUCCAUGGCUUGAGAAUUGCACUUGCUUUUCAUUCAAAUAGUGAUACACAGAUUAUUCACAAUUUACAUGCAUUUAACUUGUGCACAUUCAGCUUUAUGCACUUGGCAAAAAACUCCAAAAAACAUUAAAAUUGGGGUGGGUGUCUGGGGAAAAAACUGUUUGCUAAUCCCACCUGCAUUUGAACCUAAUGUGUUUUGACUACACACAAUUUCGGCUUUAGGCGCUAUCUCUUGAACAUAAUCCUUGGUGUUGUCUGUUGGCCAGGCAUCAAUCUCUGGAGGGACACAGGUUCCCCUUCCCUAGUUUUAAGAGAUCUUCAGCACUACUUUGAAACAAGUGGCUACUGGCUCACCAAAGGAAGCCACUGGGCUUGGCUCCAGAAACAUAUGAAAUAUUGGAUUAAAGUUUCAACACAAUAUGGCCAAUCUAAAAGCGAUGAGGGCCAUUUCACUGCCUUUACUAUUUCAUUUCCCAUUUCAUGCAAGAUGGGAGAUGGGGAAAGCACCUCUGAUGUGGAGUGUUUUUCCUGUGAUCCUACAGAAGUGUGGAGAAUCUAUUGUGGUUACUCAGUGCUGAGAAGGUAUGCUCUGUCUACUCUCACGAGGCAUUCUGAUCCUUAAGUCCAGAGUUUGAAAUGACCUAGCUGCAGCACUGAGAACUUGCUUAAAUCCCUUUGGUGUCCAUGGAAUCUUGGCACACCUGGACAGUGUUUUAGGUUUAAGGCGGAAAUGACAACUCCAUGUGUGCUCAUAUAUCCAGUUCACAUAUUGGGUUAUGAGGCUGCUUUGUAUAUAUCAACAUGCUCAGGAGGGAGAGUUUGUUUAUUCCAUUCCGAUCCCCUUAAGAGACUUUCCAGGCAGCCUCCCUAACUGCAGUCUUUGCAGAUAUUACAAAAGUCACACACCUUCGUUCUCAAAGUCCAAGAGAGUUGUGUUUCUAACUUUUCUGAGUGCCACCCCUGUUCCGAGUGUCCUUGCGUUUCCUGGAAAUGCAUUAGUUCUGAGUCAGGUUCCCAUGUGCAUAAUGGCUAUUCUUUUCUUCUAUCACUUAUAUAAGGGCUGGUGUUUUGAUGAUGGCUGCAUUGAUUUCUAGAGUCCCUGUUUGGCCAUGAAAGCCGUAAGAAAUCAGCUGAGCUCUAAUGUACCAUAUCCGUUUGCUACUGUGGUUGUAUUUUGGAUAUAAACCUGGGAUUUAUUUCCCAUUCCCACUCUUCCUGUUUUGAGCUUGCCAUUAGUUUCCCACUCCAAAUAUAUAUACCCUUAAAAUGGGGUGAGGGAAACCCAGCUUAACCACUUUGAAAAAAUAGUCCCCAUGAGCAAACCAUUCUAAAUUGAAACUAAUGUUCAGCAUGCCCAAACAAUUUCCAGUCCUAAAUAUAGAUAUGCCUCAUCCUGUCCCCUUAGUAAGCUUCCUAAGGUAAUGAGUAAUGAGAAAUGUAAAUGGAAGGCUUAUUAUAAUCCCCCAUAAUUGAAUAAAGGAUGUUUCUUAUGCAGGUAGUGUUGACAUGUCUCCUAAUUUAGAGAGGACAGUCCCUUGUCUGAAAGGCUGCCUUGUUCUAGUCUGAUUUGAAAAUAGAGAACUACAAGAAUGAAAUUACCCAUAAACAUUAUUAUUUCUUAAAUUUCUAUAUUGCCCUUCAUCUGAAGAUCACAGGGCUAUUUACAACAUCAAAACACAAGAAUACAUAGCAUUUUUCUUUCAACAGGCUAUUAUAUCCCAAAUGCUUUGGUUGACAAGAAGAUCAAUACAGUCAUUGGUAGCCCUAAGAAAGUGUCAGCAAAUCCUUACAGGACAGAAACCUCUGUAAAAAUUAAAUAAAAAAUAUUAUAUGUGUAAUGCCAGCAGAAAAAAUAUAUAUGUAAAAUGUAACCAUAUAGCACAAUACAGAUCUUAUACUUGGAACUGGGGUCACUAAUGUGGGAAUGUUCAGGGAGGCAGGAGAGGAUAUGUUGUUUAUUAAUAUCCUUCCUAACUUGCACUAGCAAGUUCUAUAAUUUAGCAGAGUUUUACAUUCCCCUUUUAAAAGCACAGCAGAUAGUUGGUUGCAGGCUUAUUUAAGCCUCUCAGUAUUAGAUUCCUGGUAAGUUCCCUUAUAUCCCUCUUAAAAGAAUAAACAUACCACAAUCUUGAGCAAAGUGUGUUAAAGUAGUUUACUCACUCAUUCAGUUCACAGUUGGAUCUCUGAAGGCAGACUUAGUUACAAAGUUACAUGUGGAGCUAUCCCAUAUGAAGAUAGUUCCAAUGUCUCUAGCUAAAAAGCUGCUGCUCCAACAAAUGGAGGAAGUCAAAGAGAGAGAGUGGCAGCAUGCCUUGUCCUUUUGGUUACCUGGACAGGUAAGGUCAUGCCUACCUCUAGUCACAUGCAAAAGGAAGUAUGUCCCAACCAGGAGGACACAGGAAGUUUUCGACUGGCUGGACCAAACAUACCCUCGCAUGUCCACUCUAGGAAAACAAGGAAUGUUGUACUUGACUGCUACUUAUGUAUCACAUCCCACAACUAACAUACUUUGGGGCACCUUAGGUCUUCCUCACUAUGGGGAAAGGUGAACAUAUAGACAAUACUGAACCAGACAGACCAAAAUUCUGACUCAGAAUAAGGCAACUCCCUGUGUUCACGUGACAAGGCUCUUUUCUACAGGGCUGACUCUUGAAGUGGGAAGGAGGUGUGUCACAGGCCUCCCUUACAUUGAAUGAAGUCAUCUAGAGACAUAGGCAAUUUCCUGUGCUGAACAUACACUCUCUGCUUUUGAUACCCGCCAAAUAUAGGCAUUGACUUGCAACAGAUUUUGGAAUUCUGCUUCUGAUAUUAUAUUUUAACACCUGGUAACAAUGUCAUCAUAUUUUAUUAGCUUUUCAACAGCUGUUGUUGAAGAACAUGUCAAAGAAAUAAUAUUGCCCUGGUUUGCUUGAAAUUUUAACUCUGGAGGCUCACACAUUAGUUUAUAAACAUGGAGCACAAUUCAGUCCAAGUGAAUUAGACUUGACUUUGUUUGAUUUCCAUGGAAAAUUAAGAACAUGCUUAAGUUUAUGUACAUAUGUAUCUAAAAACAAGGGUGUGUACACUUUUCAGUCCAGUGAAUUGAGCCUCCCAUUCAUUCCCCCCCCCCCACAAUUAAUGUUUACCCACUGACUACAUUAAAAAAUUUUAAAUUUUGGGGGGUAUUGGUGGACCACUUAAUGUUUUUUCUAACUGUGGUAGCAAUUGUAAUGCCCUGUGCUAGAUGCUGUAUGAUUUUUAAUUGUAUUUUUUAUUGCUUCUUUUAUUUCUUAUCUAUGCCUUUAGUAUUAGUGUUGUUACUGUUAUCUCCAUUUUGAUUAAUUUACCACUGGCCUUCUAAACCAUUAUCUCAAGGUGAUUUACAUAUAAUUAAUAACAAUUAAAGGCACAACAAUAACAAAUAGAUUUAAAACAAGACUUAAAACCCUAAUAAGUAGACACUCAUGGUAAAGACUCAUUUAUCCAGCUGAGAAGUACCUCAGAACAAAAAUGUCUUUAAUUACCGUAUUUCCAGAAUGUGCACCUAGUGAGCAUCUGUCGUAUUUCAACAGGAAUGCUACUCCACAGAAUUGAAAAAGUGAUACAACAUAAGAAAUAAAAGAAGCAGUUAAAAUUCAGUUUAAAAGCAGUUUAAGCAUUUAAUGCAAAUAGUGUGCUAUUUCUUAUCUUCAACCACAAAUCCACAGACAUGCUGCAGACCACCUGAAUGAAGUUUGCAGAUUACUGAUGGUCCCCUGAUCACAGACUGGGAGCACUUGGCCUAAAACCUCUAACAGUGGGUUAGUCGUCAUGUCUACCCCUCUGUUGUGCUUCAGAUUGAUCAUGUGCUGUCAUUUCAUAUUUUUAAAAGUGCCCUCAUUUAUGUGACUAGAAGUUCACUGGGUGCUUUUUUGGAAAACAUAUUUAUUGACUGUAAACCUCAAUCUUUUUUUUUAUUUUAAGUUGCAAAACUGCUCUGGGAGAAGGUGGGAGUAGGACCACACCCAUCAGCCAGUGUGCUCUGUGAGUAACUGGCUCCUUCUUCCACCCUACAGAACCAGUUUCUCCUGAGCCCAGUCUUCCUUUAGCCUGCUUGGACUUAAUGCCUGAGAAAUGUGGGUGUGGCUAGCCCAAAAAUGACCUGGCCUGGGGAACCUAAUUAGGCCUGUGGCAGGCAUCAAACUAGGAUGAGUGUGAUUCCAGAGUGCAGACACUAAAGUGUUUUAGGUAUGUCCGAAUGCACUCUUUAACACCCUUCCACUGAAUUAAAGGGGCUCAGAAGUGUAUCACCCGACUAUAAUUUUACAUUUUGGUGUGAAGAAAAAGAAAUACUCCUAAUUUAAUAAUUCAGGAUCCUAUCAGUUCUGCUAAGAAGAUGCAAACUUAACAAUAUGGAAAUUAUGUUCCAUCCCCAUGACAAUACAAGUUUGUUUGCUCCCUCCUUCCCCCUGAAAAACAUGUUAUCUUUCUGCUUUGAAAAGGAGAGCUUAGAUUCUCAGGAAUUUAUGAGGAGCCCACCCUCUUUCUACACAUUCUCCACUCCCUGUCCUUUUCUGCAGGAUAGGAAGAUUUUUUGCUCAAUCAGCCCAAUACUCUGAAUCUUUUCUUGAAGUAAGUCCCACUGUAUUUGUGGACCUCCUUCACAGGUAAGCAUGUACAGGAAUGCAGUCUUAGCUGUAGCCCAUCCAUAAAGUACCUUCUUAGUACACAUUGAGGAAACACGUAAUGCAGAAGGACCAUAGCUCUGGGGUAGAGGAUCUUCCUUGUGAGCGGAAGUUCCCAGGUUCAGUUCUCCAGCAUCUUCAAGUGGUAUAAUGGGAGAGCCAUUCUCAUGGGUCUAUAGCACUAAGUUGCUGGAACUUAUUUUGUCUUCCUCUUCCCCCAGGUGAAAAUCUGGUUUCAGAACAGGCGGGCAAAGGAGAGGAAGAUCAACAAGAAGAAGUUGCAACAGUCUCAGCCAGGGGGUGUGCACAGUGGAUCAGAACCCAUGAGCCCAGUGUCCUCCAUGCAGCCAGGGACGACCGGCUCCGGCCCCAAUGGAGGAGUGUUGAGUGCUCCCGGUUUAGUACCAGCCACUGCACAGUGA